AUGGCUGUAAGCAAUAACACACUGAAUAAUGAUUUCAUUUUGAUUGGACUUUCCAAAGACCCACAACUAAAGAUUGUCCUUUUUGUGCUGUUUUCCUGUGUGUACAUGACCACCUUAACUGGAAAUUCAAUUCUGAUUCUACUCACACGAGUUAUUCAUGAACUCAGUACCCCCAUGUACACGUUCCUGUUCAGUUUGUCUCUCUUGGAUGUCUGCUUCACGUCAGUCACUGUGCCAAAGAUGCUGACCAGUCUCCUUGUAGAAAUUAGCUACAUUUCCUUCAGUGACUGUAUCACGCAGCUUUACUUCUUCCACUUUCUGGGCAGUUCAGAAUGUUUUCUCUUGAGUAUUAUGGGUUACGAUCGAUUUGUAGCCAUAUGUAAUCCCUUGCGUUACACACAAAUUAUGAGCAAGACAUUGUGUAUCAAACUUGUCUCUGGCUGUUGGCUUACAGGUCUCUUUUAUUCCUUGGUCCACACUCUAAUGACAGCUGGUUUAUCAUACUGUGGUUCGAAGGAAGUCAACCAUUUUUUUUGUGACAUGCCACCACUUUUGAAAUUGUCCUGUUCAGACACUAAAACAAAUCUGAUUGUCAUUUUGGGCUUGGGUGGUCUUGCAGCCGGUGCUUCUUUCUUACUAACAGUCAUCUCAUAUGUUUUUAUAAUAUCCACAAUCCUUCGCAUUCGGUCAACAAAAGGACAACAAAAGGCUUUUUCAACAUGUGCAUCACAUCUUCUGGUGGUUUUAAUUUUUUACGGUACUAUUGUAUUUAUGUAUCUCAGGCCUGAAUCUAGCUACUCUCUAGAGCACGAUAAGAUGCUCUCUGUGCUUUACAAUGUGAUUACCCCAAUGUUGAACCCUCUGAUAUACAGUCUAAGAAACAAAGAGGUUAAACUUGCAUUUAGAAAGCUUUGUAAGAAAUGGCAUAGAAAAUGA